AUGGAUGCAGCGUUUUUCUUGUCCCUUGCCGCUGGCGUUGUCUCUGUGUUCCUGAUGAAACAUGGCCUCCGGGCACUCGGAUGGCUAGCUUCAGCGGUUUACCACUUCAUCCCAACCCGUUAUAGAGCUUCACAGAAACCCGACGAUGACCACGUUCAGAUUCUAGUCCUGGGCGACAUUGGGAGAAGUCCGCGCAUGCAGUAUCACGCGAUCAGCGUUGCCAAGCACGGCAGAAAGGUUGACAUUGUGGCCUACAAGGCCAGACACCCAGACCUCAUUGGCAAUGAAAGAGUGUCCAUGUAUGCUCUCGCGCCGCAACCAGAGUGGAUUGCAUGGGGAACGCUGCCCUUCUUCCUGAACAUACCAUGCAAGGUCAUUCAGCAGUUCUGGACUCUGUUUCACACCAUGAUGUGGGCGACUCCGGCCGCAAAAUGGAUCAUCAUUCAGAACCCCCCCUCGAUUCCCACUUUCCACGUCGCCCUCGUCGUAUCUCUCGUCCGUGGGAGCAAAGUGGUCGUUGACUGGCACAACUAUGGACACACCAUUCUUGCCCAGAAACCCCUGUACUCCAUCUUCGUCCCAUUCUACAAGUGGUACGAGAUGGCGCUUGGCAAGGUCCUCGGAAACGCCAACCUCGCCGUCUCGGAUGCCAUGGCCCGUGAGCUUCGAGGACCGAGAUUCAACUUGAAGAAGCCGGUCUACACUCUGCAUGACCGCCCUCUUGACCUCUUCCAACCAAUCACUUCUGCCAAAGCGAGACGGGAGUUCCUGUCGCGGCUGCCCGAGACGAAACCACACGCCAAGGACAUCCUAGACGGGACGAUGCGGCUCAUUGUCAGCAGCACGUCGUGGACUCCAGACGAGGACUUUAACAUUCUUCUCGAAGCCCUUGUGCUGUAUGCGAACCCCAGCGAAGACGACGCCUCCAGAGAGCCGCCUUCGCCCAUUCUGGCCAUCAUCACCGGCAAAGGCCCCGAGAGGGAAAAGUACCUCGAGAUGAUCAAGCAGAUCCAGGACAACGGGCGGCUCCCUGGCAUCAAAAUUCUGACAGCCUGGCUAUCCAACCGCGACUACGCCUCGCUCCUCGGCUGCGCCGACCUCGGGAUUUCUUUGCACAAGUCCAGCUCCGGCGUUGACCUGCCCAUGAAGGUGGUCGACAUGUUUGGUGCCGGUCUGCCCGUAGCAGCUUACAGUGCAUUUGAAAGCUUCAGCGAGCUCGUCAAGGAGGGACAAAACGGGUGCGGCUUCGAGACCCCAGCGCAACUGACGGACAUCCUGGGGAGGCUGUUGAGCGCCCAGGGCCAGGACGAGCUGGCCCGGUUCAGGAAGGCAGCCAUCGAGGAGGGUUCUCUGCGAUGGGACGAGGAAUGGGACCGUGUCGUGGCCCCCGUCCUGGGCUUUGGUAGCAAAACACCAGCUGCGCAGCAAGUCAAGCACUAG